AUGGUACAAGAGGCCAAAGCUCAAGCUGUCACAAGCAAGGCCAAAGGAGGAAGAAAAGGAAAGGCAAUGCAACCACGAGCCAUUGACAAUGAGGCCACCAAUGAGUCAGACACUGAGGUGAUUGAUGAUGAUGCUGAGGAAGAAACUGACUCUGACUCAGAUCACAACAACAAUAGAAAGCCAUACAAUUUUCGUACUCUAGCAAAACUACUUGAGCCCAUCCCAAAACUCACAUCGCACAACUAUUAUAGUUGGAAUGCCCAUAUCAAUACCAUUGACACCACCAGAGAGUACAAUAUCAAUUACUUGAUUCUUGACAUCAUCAGGGAGCACCAUACAUUCCAUCAUGUAUGGAAGAAGAUCAAAAAUGGACUCACCAAUGAGGCCACUGCCAUAUCUCAUCAUAUUGCAUUGAUCACUCAGCUAGGUGAACUAAGGAUGCACAACUCAGAUGUACAAAAGCUUAUCCAGGAAAUAAGGACCAUCCAAAUGGAGAGCAGCUUACUGGGAAAGCCAUUCACUGAUGAUACUCUGUUCUCUAAUCUACAAAAGUGCACUAUCCGACAUCCAAUGUACAAGGAGACCAUUGCCACCGUCAGCCAGCUUAGUUUUAAUGCCCUUGCCACUGCCCUAUCUAUUUGGCAGUUGGCAAUUGAGAACAACCCCACCCCAAGAGUUGACCCCCAUCAAGCAAGCGCCAGAGUCAUCAGCAGUGACAACCAGGACAAGACACCCGGAAAGGAGGAGAAAGAUGAAAAGGACACUGACAGCACCAGCGCCAAAGUUGCCACUAGACCUUGA